AUUCGGUGUAACUGUUGAAUUCGGAAGAAGCUCCUGCACAGACGAGAUUUCACCCCGUUUUAUCGUUUUUGGAGCGAAUUUUAGCGGUAAAAGGAAGAAUUAGAUUUUAUACACUCUGAAAAUGGAGGUGCAGCAGCUCGGAGACUCUGCAGAUCCAUACUCAUUUGACGCUCCAUCUUACGUAAUGCAUGAUUUUGGUUUAGACUCUGAGGAUAAUGCAGAUCAAUGGUUUGACAUAAUGGUUACUCCCACAAAUGGUGAAAUGGAGCAGCUUGCAACACCCAUGAGGGUCCCAAAGCCUUUUGAUGGGACACACAAUGAGGAUUUGCCAAAAGCUGUAGUCUCACCCAUGGUUCAAGCCCCGGCAACUGCUUCAUCUUCAGAUAAGGACAGUUCUGCCCCUGCACACCCUUCUAACAUUGUGACUUCAUGGGGUAACAGCCAACCAACAGUUGCUCCUGGCCAGGCUCACAAAAAGAAUGUUCCAGCACAGCCCCGCAGGGUUUCAAAACGUGUUGUGGUCAAGACUGACAAACCCCAAGGUCCUUCAACACCACCAGUAAAGAAAAAGAGAAGGAGCUCGACAGGCACAAGGCCCGCUCGCCGCAGUGCUACUACUACCGCCGCCCGCAGCAGCAUCAGACUAAAGCAUAAAACACCCGCGCCCGUAGCUGUUACAUCUGCGUCCACUUCAGCUUCGAACCAACACAAGAGCACAGAGCAGCAGGAGAUGGAGCGCAUCGAGGCUCUGCAGAAGGAGGUGGCCGAGCAGCGCAAGAGGAAUGAAGCCAGCUACAAAGCUGCACUGGCAGGAAGUCAUCCUCCGAAGAAGCAGGUGCUGUCCACCACCAUUCCCAAAGAGUUCCAUUUCCGCUCAGACAACAGAGUGAAAAACCACACAGAUGCUGAGGCUUCUUACAAAGAGACCAACUUUACUUCUCAACUCCGCAAGCACCCUUCCUCGCCUCUGAAGGGACAUAAAGGCACCACAAUCCCCAAGCCCUUCAACCUCUCCACGGGCAACAAGAGGAAGCUGGAGGACACCGAUUCUUCUUCUUAUGUGUCUAUGGCUGAGCAGAUCGAACAGUUUCAGAAGCGCACGCCGACCCGCUAUCACCUGCGCAGCCGACAAAGUCAAGAGAGAGGUCCUUCACCAGUAAAGACUGAAAAGCCAAAGAUCACUCACCCUCACACUCCUCAGCUGAUGACACGCCAAAGGAGCCGACCAGCCCUGGUGAAGAGCACGGCAGAGAUCGAGGCUGAAGAAGUGGAGAAAAUGCAGCACUUUAAGUUUAAAGCUCUAGAGCUUAACCGCAAGAUCCUCGAUGCUGCCCUGCCUCCGAAGAAACCAGCUCCCAAGGAAACCACUCGACCAGAGGGCUUUCAGCUGGAGGUGGAAAAACGACUGCAGGAGCGACACGCCACCAAGAAAGCAUCCGAGCCUGAAGAUUACAGCUUCCACUCCAGACCCUUACCAACACGCAUCCUGGAAGAAGUAGUAGGAGUCCCAGAGAAGAAAGUGUUGAAUCCCACUGUCCCUGAAUCGCCUGCAUUUGCACUCAAAAAUCGUAUUCGUGUGGAACGCAAGAUAGAAGAGGUGAAGCCACCGGCUCCAUUGAAGGCACUUCCUGUGCCCCACUACGUACCCUUCCAGCCCAAACCUGUUGUGAAGAAUCACGUUGAAGUGUGUCCCUUCUCGUUCGAGCAGCGUGAGCAGGAGCGCAAAGUCCAGAAAGAGAAGCGCCUGGAGGAGCUGAGAAAUGAAGAGGUUCCAAAGUUCAAGGCUCGACCACUUCCUGACUUCCACGAUGUGAAUCUUCCGGAGAAGAAAGUACCUGAACCUACCAAAACUGCUCCCUUCAGGCUGAUGGUGGAUGAACGUGGAUCUGUGAAAAGUGAACGCUGGGAGCAAAUGGUAAAAGAAGAGCUGAAGCAGCAGACUGAGGCAGCGAGCUUUAAGGCGAGACCUAAUGCCGUCGCACACAAGGAGCCUUUUGUGCCCAGGAAGGAAAACCGCUCGAUCUUGGUCAAUACCACCCAUUCUGCAGUUCCCGAGGGUUUCCAGCUGUCGACGGAGCGGCGGGCGAAAGAACGGCUGGAGUUCGAGCGAGCGCUAAAGGAGAAGGAGGCGCUGAGGGCACAAAUGGAGGAGCAGCAAGCCAGAGAGCAAGAGGAGCACGACAAGGAAGAGCUCUCUAGGUUACGACAUGAACAGGUGCAUAAAGCCCAGCCCGUCAGACGCUACAAGCCGAUAGAGCUGAAGCACAGCGAGACCACUCUCACCGUGCCUCAGUCACCAAAGUUCUCCGACCGCUUCCGUCUCUAAAGACUCCUGGAGAUUUAACUUGUGAAUAAUUUAAGUUUUGCUUUUAAUGUGUUCACGGUGUCUUUAAUACCGCUAGGCUGUAAAAGUGCGCUUUUUUGAUUGCGUAAAAGCCUUAAAAAAAAUUUUGGCUAUAGAUUGUGUUCAUAAACAUGGACACUCGUCUGCAUUCGUGGUCCCACCGCAUUAUGAAACUGUUGUACCAUAUAUUUCCUUUCAUUCUUUUCCAUGUAACCUUAAUCAUUUUUCUUGUCUCAUUUUUCCCUACUUUGUUCUUUUUUUGUAAUAAAUUUGUCAAAGGUGAA